AAGAUCAAUUGAUUAUAACAGUAAGUGACAGGUGCCAGUCGUACGACAGAUGACCUCCGCAACUAACCAAACAUCCGUUGCCGUUAAUAAUAAAUAGCCAGAGUUUUCCGUCGACUCUCGGUCAGAUUUCUUUCACGAAAAAGUUGGGAGCGAUGCGAUGUUUCGAGUUGUACGGGCUUUGGGCCUCGCCAAGAUCAUAAUAUAUGUCUUCGUCGCAGCGUGGCCCAAACAGAACAGCGUUCACGCCCAGAAGCUCGGAAACAACAGAGAAAAAGUCUACACCAACGGAUGGGCGAUACAGGUGGAGGGUGGAAUUGAGGUUGCCAAACGAAUUGCUCGUUCUCAUGGAUUUGACAAAGUUGAACCAAUUGGUACUUUGGAGGGCUUCUAUCAUCUGGAACAUGCAGAGUUGCCGCAUCGCUCCCGCAGGAGUGCAAAUGAGAGGACAGAACGACUUACUCAGGAUCCGAAGGUAAUCUGGGCGGAACAACAACACGAGAAAAUCCGCGUCAAAAGAGGUCACUUUCACGACCGAAUGGUUGCCAGAGGGAUCCUGCCUCGAUUUACAGACCCUUUAUGGGAUGGACAGUGGUAUCUGGAUGACAAAAGAGCAGAUCUGGAUUUAGAUGUACAUGUUCUCCCCGUUUGGAAUCAAGGGAUCACAGGAAAAGGUGUUGUCGUAACAAUUCUGGAUGAUGGUAUUGAACACAAUCAUACGGACCUCAUCAGAAACUACGAUCCACAGGCCAGUUGGGAUGUAAAUGGAGAAGAUGGUGACCCAUUUCCUCGUUAUGAUGCCACUAAUGAAAAUAAACACGGCACCCGCUGUGCAGGGGAAGUUGCGGCUCAAGCAAACAACACCAUCUGUGGAGUAGGCGUGGCUUACAAUGCUAAGAUAGGAGGAGUGCGCAUGCUUGACGGCCGAGUGACUGACAAAGUAGAAGCCGCGUCAUUAAGUCUUAAUCCCCAGUUCAUUGACAUCUACUCUGCAAGUUGGGGGCCUAGCGAUGACGGAGCCACUGUGGAGGGACCUGGGACUCUGGCUGCUGCUGCAUUUGAAAAUGGUAUCACAAAGGGUCGCGGUGGACUGGGCUCCAUUUUUGUGUGGGCAUCAGGCAAUGGAGGUCGGCACGAGGAUAGUUGUAACUGUGAUGGUUACACAGACAGUAUCUACACCUUGUCAAUCAGCUCUGCCUCCGAUCACGGCGAGUCACCCUGGUAUUCAGAAAGCUGUUCAUCUACACUUGCGACAACAUUCAGUAGCGGAGCACACGGCGAGAAACGAAUUGUCACAACAGAUUUACAUAACGAAUGUACAGAAAGACACACGGGAACUUCUGCAUCGGCUCCAUUGGCUGCAGGAAUCAUAGCUCUUGCCCUGGAAGUCAAUCCUCGCCUGACGUGGCGUGAUGUGCAGCAUAUCGUGGUGUGGACAUCAAACUGGGAACCACUGAAGCACGAUCAGGACUGGAGCGCUAAUGGGGUCGGAUUACACGUCAACAGGAAGUUUGGUUUCGGACUGUUAGUUGCUGCAAAGAUUGUUGAAUUAGCUAAACCUAACACGUUUAAAACUGUACCUGAGAAGACCAUUUGUAGGGGACAAAUCAAUCAGGACCGCAAACCUAUCAAAUUCAACGAGCCAUUGAAGAUAACAAUGCAUUCGAAUGGAUGCUCAGGAACUGCUGCUGAGAUUCGCUACCUUGAACACGUGCAACUCAUGUUAAGCUUGGACUAUACACGGCGAGGAGACCUAGUUGUGUACUUGACAUCUCCCAUGGGAACUAAAUCUUGCUUGCUGUCCCCAAGAAAAGAGGACAUCUCAGAUGAAGGUUUUACAAAGUGGCCCUUCAUGACAACGCACUCAUGGGGCGAGGACCCACGAGGAACUUGGACCUUAGAGAUAAAGGACCUUGGAGAUAACAGACCAAAUCAUGGCCUUCUAACAGAGUGGCAGCUUAUUAUACAUGGAACUAGACAAAAACCUAAUCACCAACCUAUAGAACAUCCUGACAAACCACGUGACUCGGUUCCAGUGCCCGAAUCACCGGCGCCACCACAGUUUCACCAAACAGUUCCUAGCGGACCGACUUACACGUUUGCUUCCUCUCAACCUACUCCUGUGAAAUAUAUCGCACCUCAAGUGAUAACCUACACAACUUCUCCAGCUCCAAACCCCUCCGUCCUGACAAUUGCUCCCCAGUCUGUAGUUCCACUACAUCAAGAACUAAAAACACCCAGUGAUCAAUUUACGUCGAACAAUAAAGUAGGAGAAACAAAAAACACCUUCACUCCAGACCAGCAAGCUAACAUAAAUCCUCAACUAUCAUCUAAGGGAGCUCUUUUCUCACCUAUACAACCUCUUCACAGCAACUAUGUUCCAGCUAACUACCAACAGAAUCAAAUAGCUAAUUACUAUCACUAUGCAGUAGCUCCUGCAAAUCCAAGAGGUUAUGUUACGCAACUGAAUAACCCUGCAGUAGUGCAAACUAACGACCAACUGGCUUAUCAACCAGCGGCUUGGAGACAGACCACACUAUAUCGUAAUCCUUUACAAUACAAUGUCUAUGGUAAUUACCUUCGAACUUUUGGUAGACGAGGUGCUGGCAAAUCUUAUGUAGAAUAUCUUAAAACUAAGAAGAACAAGUUAAAGAAAGAAAGUUAAUUAAAUUGUGGGAAUAUUUUUUUAUGAAUCUUAUUUACGCGUGUAAAAUACAUGGUACAAGUGUUUGGAAUGAGGCAGAGUUUAAUUUAGCUGAAUUUUUGUUUAUAUAUAAAUGUUGCUCAGCGCGAGUAACGAUGGGUAAAUAAUAGUCAAGCUGCGAGAAUAUGUAUCUGGAUGAACCAAAGCGGCAAAACGGGCGAGGUAAAAAGAGGUGGAGCAUAAAUUAGAUAAUUCAAAUUGAUGGAUGAAAAUAUCGUCAAUAGGAUCAAACUGUCUUGAAGUUUGAGGUAAUGUUUAUUCUUUAAUGGAAAAAUGCCAAUCUAUAGAAAGGAAGAUUUCUUGACGAGGCAAAAUUCCCUACCUCUCUGUCUAUAAAGUGUUGUAUGAGAAGCAGCACAAUUUAAAUUGAUAUCUUGAAAUCCGGUUUCUCUAGUUCAGCUGGCUGGGCGAGAAACUGUGCAAACUGGAGAAAAAUUCAAAAGAUUUGCACCUUUCCUGCAUUCUUAGUUAUUGUUUAAAGAGUUUUCUUCGAGUUUCCGGAGAUGCUCAAAACAAAUAUUUAAGAGCUGAAGAAUAAACAUUUCCCUUCAUCUUCCUAUUUGGCUUAAACACGAGACUGUAAGGAUGGGUCAAUAUAUAUUCAAUACAAGCUAGCGUGGAUCCGGAAAUACCGUCAUUGGCAAGAAUUAUCAAUGCCUUACGACACUUCACGUAACCUGACCAGUGUUCCUUACUACACUAUGCCUCACCCGGAACCUGCGUUCUAAGAGCGCAGUCGUGUGUAGUUUCUUCGAUGUCAGUGGUGUGUUGGCGAGUGCUGUGUUAAAGGAUAAUGAACACUGGACGGUUAGGGUAUCAAUCUUCGACCUGUGUUUGUUUGUGCUGCUGAUGCAGAUAACAAUCAAUAUUCACAGUGCGAGACAACCUUGUGAUUGCUCAGGAAAGAUCGUGUGACAUGUUAUUACACUAAAUGACGUCACAGGGUCCACAAACUUUCUUUAAAAAGACAGUAUGGGCCUGUUUUUAUAAACCAGUGCGAACCUUUACACCAGUAUGAUUCUCAGCACAGCUUCUCUCAAAGGAUUUGGGAUGAGUGCAGUGGCUCUAGCGAAGCGUGUGCUUUGAAUACAGACCUCAGUUGUGAAUGUUACUAUAAGCUAUUCGAGUGAUACUAUAUAAUUGCCACUAGUGAGUGCGACUCAGAGUCAUUAUUCCUCUUCCUUAAGUAACUGAACCCAAAGGCCUCAUAUUCAAAUUUAUUUAAUUGCAUGGGUCACAUGCAUAGGUGAUUUAUUCUCAAAAUUUUAAUAGAAUCUUAUAAAAUUUAGGACCAAGGAUAGCUAAGGUAAAUGGCACAAGUAACACUAUGAAGUUAAAAGUGGAUUGCCAGUCGUCUUAAAUAGCCAGAAGAGGCUAUGUUGCAAGGUGAAGUUCUUAACGUCUGAAGAUAGGAAGAAAUAGAAUUGCUGCCUACCAAGUUGAAUAAUGAAUGUUUUGGCUAACGCUAAUCAGAUCCAAUCCGGUGUAGUGGGUUUGAUUACGUACUUGAGAUGAUUGCUCAACACUAUUGUCUAUGUAAAUACAGUUAAUUAGGCUGUGGUAGGUCAACUAAGUUUACAAUGCAGUAGCCUAAUCUGUACCAGUGCUUACUGGCACGGGUUUGUGACGAAGACUAAAAAAAAAAAAAAUCAACCAAGGAAUAGCUGUCCUUUGGUGAAGUAUUAAAUGUUAGGGUUUGAAAAUAAAAGGGUGUUCUUGCACAGUU